UUUUCAACAUCACUACAGCAGGGAUUGACGAGUUGUACCCGGAAAUGCUUAAAUAUCUGGGAGCCGCAGCCAAAAACACCAUUCUGAACUUGAUUAACCUAACAUGGAAUUCAAGAGUCCCAAGUCAAUGGAGGAAGAGCGAGGUCAUACCCACUCUAAAGAAACAAAAAGACCCGAGCCUGACUGAUAGCUACCGGCCAAUAUCCCUCACAAGCCCCUUAUGCAAAGUAGCCGAAAAAAUGGUUCUGGACAGACUGAACCGAGCCAUAACCCAUCUUGAACUGAUUGACGACGCACAAGCUGGCUUCAGGAAACACAGGAACACCAUGGACCAUGUAGUCGAGUUUGCUCAAAAAGUCAAGGAUGCUUUCCACCGUAAGAUGUCAACAGUUGCAGUGCUAGUAGACCUCAAAGCUGCAUACGACACAGUAUGGAGAGGUUUGCUGUUACACAAGAUAGCGAAGUCUGGAAUUGAGGGUAAACUGUUCAAUUGGAUAAACUCUUUUCUCGGUGAAAGGUAUCAGAGAGUCAAAUUUCACAACCAUUGUUCCAAAUUCAGACUACAAAGACAAGGGCUGCCACAAGGAGCUGUCAUCAGCUGUCAAUUGUUCAACCUAAUGAUAAACGAUGUGCUCGCAAUGAUUAGAAAGACACCUGGUGUUGAUGCCCUCCUGUAUGCCGAUGACCUCCUAAUAUGGGCAUCAUAAUAAUAAUAAGUAGCAGUCUGAAAGCGCUCGAGAUAGUAAUGAACCAGGCUCUCAAAAAUCUAGAAAAAUGGGCGGAUAACAACUGCCUAACUGUCAGUACAACCAAAACCGUAUAUCAAGUACUUACCCUUUCAACAAAGCAGACUGCUGUCAAGCUGACAUACAAAGGAGUCGACCUGGAAAGAGAGGAUGUAACAAAAUACCUGGGGGUGUACAUAGAUAAGAAAAUGACGUGGAAACCUCAAAUCGACGACAUUGCAGAGAAAGUCACAAAGAGAUGUCGACUGCUCAAACGUCUCACAGCAACAAAAUGGGGCGCCACGCAAGAUGUCUUGGUAGCAACAUACAAAACCUAUGUCCGGCCGAUACUAGAAUAUGGGAGUGAAGCUACAAUAACUGCGAGUACAAACACCACCUCCAAGCUUGAAGUCGCCCAGAACACUGCCCUUCGCGUCAUCACCGGUGCUCCAAAAUCAACACCGAUUACAUCAAUGGAAGCCCAGACCGGUAUUGAACCAAUACAAUGCCGCAGAGAGCAACACGCGUUAACCUUCUGGGAAAGGCAAAGACGAAUACUUCACAAAAAUGGGACGAAUAUAGACAAGCAGCCUCACGUCUUAAAACACAAACCACUCCGCUUACAGUAGCAAAUCAAAUCAUGGAAAAAUACCACAUUGACCUGUCGAAAGCCGCCCCCUUCCCAGCGCAAACUACACUCGCCCGCUGUCUACCAAACACAGAAUUGCGUCUUGAAAACCAUGACGACCCGAAGCACUUAUCGUCAGACAUUGUCCUAAGGAAAGCCGCCCUAGAGACGAUACACACCAAUUACCCAGCGCAUGAGUGGCUCCACAUCUACUGCGAUGGCUCCUCGAUGCCGGACUCGGGAAGAACAGGAGCAGGAUAUGUCUCAACGUUCUCCAAAGGCUCCAUAGCUGUGGGUGCCCCUCUCACCAACUAUGAUGGCGAAAUUGCUGCUAUACACGAAGCCGCUAAAAGUCUCGAGAAUCUCCAACACCCCCAAAAAGUUGCCUUCUUCAUCGACUGCCAAGCCGCAAUCCUCGCCCUGUCGACAAAUCGAUAUACCGACUGUGUCCAAACAAUAUCUUGCCGCGUCCAACUAUCGAACUUGCUGGAAAAAGGGUGGCUGAUUACUUUACAAUGGAUCCCUAGUCAUGUCGGUGUUGAAGGGAAUGAAGCGGCGGAUGAACUUGCAAAAGAAGGCACUACUCUUCCACAGCCCCCUAGCUUCCAAUCGUACACAUCAGCAAAGUCCACCAUUAAAAGAGGAAUCAAAGCGAAGAUAAAAGACCAGCAAAUACAAGCCGGUGCUGGAAAAUCUUGGGCCCACCUAAUAGAGUCACCAAUCCCUCACAACUUGCCGAGACCCAUCAGUGUAGCCGCGUUCAGAACAACUACGGGGCAUGACUACCUGGCCUCCCAUCUACAUCGCAUCGGCGUCCGUGAAAAUGACAACUGUCCACUAUGUAAUCAGCCCCUGAUGGAUGCUGCUCACCUCCCAGAGUGCCCAGUCCUGAUAACAGACCACCCGAGGAGGAUGAAGAUCGCCUACGAGAAACGGCUCGUCUAUACUGGUCAGCGCGCCGCCAAAUGGCUAACAUGCCAAGGGUGGGCGUUGGCUAGUAAGUAAAAGAAGAAAAGCACAUACGAGGUGUUAGAAAAGUUAGAGAAUGAGAUAGUCUCUAUAGAAGAAUUUGGCAGAAGUACAGAGCUGUACAGAAAAAAAGUGAUUGGUAGAUUUAUAUUGC